AUGGCCGCCUUUGUGAAAGCGAUCAAUGCGAAGAUCAGGUCUCAUCCCGUUCUGAACUAUGUCUGCUCAACGCACUUCUGGGGCCCUGCCUCUAAUUUUGGUAUCCCCAUCGCGGCUGUGAUGGAUACACAGAAGAGUCCUGAACUGAUCUCCGGCAAAAUGACCUUUGCCCUAUGCAUCUACUCGGCUACCUUCAUGCGCUACUCGCUCGCCGUGCAACCCAAGAACUACCUCCUGUUCCUGUGCCACGCCGUCAACGAGACGGCCCAGUUGACGCAGGGUUAUCGCUACCUGAAGUACAACUAUUGGGGCGGCAAGGAGAAGGAGGGACUCGUGAAGGCAGUGGAUGCGGGUAAG